AUGUACAGAAUAUAUCUCUUGAUCUUUGUUCUUUGUAUUGUACCAAAUAUCAGCUCGAGUGUAUCAGAUAUAGGAAGUGAUGUCUUACAAAGAAGCAGGAGACAAUUAUUGUUCCCUAAUUCAACUCUCUACCAGUUGACUAUUGGCUUGGGAACACCAUCACCAGCGAAACUGAUCAACGUGAAUUGGGCAAUACAAGCAAACUUUCAAUUACCGUGGAACAGAUCUCAAAUACCAUUUGAUAUAUUAGAAACGGACGCUACUUAUAGCGGAGUAUCUAGAAAACGAGAAAUAAAUGCACCUGAACUUCAACAGAAAGAAGAAUAUUAUCAAAAUGAUGCCAAACUAUAUCACUUUUAUAAAUAUCUAGAAGAUGUUUUAAAUGGUUAUGGUCACAAUGGUUCAUCUUGCGUGUUAAGAACACUUUGUCAUCUUGCUACUGAGCCUCUGCAUGUCGACGAUGAAGAAGAUAUCCUACAUGAUAUAGCAUCUUUUAUACUGAAUCCCGAAAACGAUCGCCAUGACGACGGUUCAAUAGUCCCGGAAGCGACGCCCUACAUCGACGCGCUCAAAGCCGAAAACGUUCAACAAUGCUUCAAUAAAUACGAUUGCUCGAUUCCCCUUAUUGAUAUGUACACGAAAUUAAAUAUGUAG